GAACACAUUGACGCGAUACCGCUUGAAAACCCCCACACACACACAACAACACUACCGUUUGUAUUGUUUGCCGAUAGCCAUUAUUGCACACACGGCGAGACGAGAGAUGAUGGUAGUAAUAAUAAUAAUGAUGAGGAGGAUGAUGAGGAUGAUGAUGAGGAGGAGGAUACAGGAUCGGGUUAAAAUAAUGGCACGAGUUUAUGUCGUUGAGCAAUGUUAGGGGGAAAAGAUGUUAAUAACAACGCGUAAACUUCCACGCGCAUCUCACGAAGACGCGGCGGCGUGGGGGGCGGGUGGAGAGAUCGCAACUGCGUGCUGGGUUUUAAUUAAAGAGGGUCCCCCACUCGCCUCGGUGAUGAUGUUGUUGUUCUUGUUGUUGACGCGAUUCAUUUUAAUGUUUAACGACAGAAGAAAUGUAGCCGCGCCUGUAGGUGCUGUAUUGUUACAUUUUAUAAUGCGAUCUUGUGUGUGUGUGCGCGCGCGCGUGUCUUUGUAAAUGCAUAUGGAUACACGCAUUGUAUUUACACGCGCACGAUAUAACGCGUUUAUAAUACUACUGGACGGGGACUCUUUCAAAACGAAUGCUUUUGCUGUACUAAACAAACACACGUAUAUAGUUGGUGUGCUUAAGGCGUUGGCCAUGAAGGUGUGAAUUUAAAUAGCUUGUGUUUACUUCCUUAGGCAUGCCCAUACACUGCUGUAGUCAGCUCAAGGUACCUUUUUGCUAGGUAACAUCCUGAAUAUCGACCGCUUUAAUGUCAGGGCUGUGCAGGAGUGCUCUGGGAUGGUGGGGAGCACUGGCCUCAGACAGGCACGUGGUUGUGCCCAGGGGAUGGCCUCCCCCUCAGCCUUGCUGUUGACCCUGCUGUGCCUCAGCCCAGCUGCCAUAAGUGAGGACCCAACGCCCCGCAUUGUGGUGCGCUACGAUGAUGUACGUGGCAAAGGUGUGUCGCGCUUUUCUGAGUCGAACACGCACAAUCUGUCAACCCUGCUGCUACACAAGGGAGGCAAGGAGCUCUUCGUGGGUGCGCGAGAUGCCAUCUUCGCCCUCAAUGCCGACGAGGUUGCCGUGCAACUGAAGCCCAAGAUCAGCUGGCAGGCAUCUAAGGAAAGCCGUUCUGAGUGCGAGCAAAAAGGCCGGAAGAACGAGACACAAUGUUCCAACUUUGUUAAGUUUCUUCAGUUUUUGAAUGAAACGCACAUUUAUGCUUGUGGAACAUAUGCCUUCCAGCCCACGUGCACAUACGUCAAUUCAAAUGAGUUUGUACGAAUGAAAGAUGGAAAUAACGUGGAUAUCUUGGAGAAUGGCAAGGGAAAGUGUCCAUUCGACCCUGAGCAAGGCUACACGGCACUAAUAGCUGAUGGGGACUUUUAUGCUGCAACCACAAACAACUUCUUGGGAACAGAAAUGGUGAUUUCUCGGAACCUGGGUUCUCGGCAAGCUCUUAAGUCAGAUUAUGUUUCCACCUGGCUCAACGAACCCAUUUUUGUGGGAUCCUCAUUCAUCCAAGAGAGCGUGAACAGUACAUUUGGCGACGAUGACAAGAUAUACUUUUUUUUCACCGAGACGGCAAAGGAAUAUGAAUUCUACAGCAAGCCCAUCGUGUCUCGGAUUGCUCGAGUCUGCAAGGACGAUGCUGGUGGGAAGCGAAUUCUGCAGAAGCGCUGGACCACUUACCUGAAAGCGCAGAUCGUCUGUGCCCAGCCGGAGAUACAGUUCCACUUCAAUGUCAUCCGGGACAUAUUCGUUCUGCAGCCAGCAGACUCUUGGGAGGACACCGUGUUCUUUGGGGUGUUCACCUCGCAGUGGAGCGAGUCUGCUGGAUCAGCCGUUUGCAGCUACAGCAUUAAAGAUGCCCAGAAGGUUUUCAUGGGCCCCUUCAAGGAGUUCAACGAGGCCACGCAGAAGUGGGGCACUCACACUGGGUCCCUGCCAUCCCCUCGCCCCGGAGAGUGCAUCACGGCGCAGCACAGGCAAGCUGGCUACAACAGCACGCUGGAUCUGCCCGACCAGACACUGACAUUUGCUCGCGAGCAUCACCUCAUGGACGAGCUGCUGCAGCCCCUGGGCGCCCGUCCUCUCUUCUUCAAGCGUGGCAUCAACUACACGCAGCUGGCGGUGGUGCGCGUGACCACCGCCUUCGGGGACCAUGACGUCUUCUUCCUCGGCACUGGCAAUGGCAGGUUGCACAAGGCUGUCAGCUUCGGAAAGAUGGACACGCACAUAAUCGAGGAGCUGCAGAUUUUCCCGAGGGCUGAGCCAGUGCAGAACCUGCUGCUGUCCAAGGAGAAGAAUCUAUUGUAUGUGGGCUCCAUUAGCUCCGUGCUACAAUUGCCGCUCGCAAACUGUAGCCGUUACCGGUCCUGCCUGGACUGCUUGCUCGCUCGAGACCCCUUCUGUGGCUGGGACAAAGCAGCUGGUGCCUGCUCCAAAGUGCCUCAAGCCAGUCAGCACCAAAGCGGUUUUCUGCAAGAGUUUAAUGUCAACAAUAUUGCUGCACGUUGCUCUGCUCAAAAUGCAGAAAAAAUGGACACCGUGUUUGUCGCCAUUCCUAUUGGGGGCGGCUUUAAAUUGAGCUGCGAGCUGCGAUCCAAAUUGGCGAAGGCGACGUGGCUCCACAACGGCAAGGCGCUGGCCCCAGCGCAGGGCUCAGAGUUGCGGCCGGACGGUCUUAUCGUGGUUUCAUCCCGGUACGACAACUAUGGGACGUACGAGUGCUUUUCAGUGGAAAGUGAGACUUCUCAGCUGGCCGCACGGUACCUCGUGAACAUCACAAUCGACGGCGGUAGUUACAAUCCACUCACGCCCGAACCUCGCAACGAAAAACAUACGAGCACGGUGGUGGUGGUUCUGUCCCUGUUUCUCGCCACUGCGAUCCUCGCCAUCAUUUUCCUCUGCUACAUGCUGCUCAGAAACAGGCAAAAUUGCAACCUUUCCACGGUGGGCUGCGGAGCCUCAAAGUCACCCAACGGCGGCAUCCUGGAUUGCUGUUCAACGCCCAAACGUGGACCGAACGGACACCACCAUAAUGCUCCCGUGUUCUACAGCAGUCGUGAAAGCAUCUUGGACAAGCUGAAAGGUCCUGGAACACCAACCAAAAACUUGGCCAAAGACUUGGAGCAAAAUGCGAUACCUAAAGGUCCAGAGUCAAAGCCAUUUAUUAUCAUCGCAGACACAUCUGGGCCAACAGCUGAGACCUCAAUAUGAAAGUUUUUCUCUUUUGAUUCCCACUUGUGCUUGUUCCAAGACCUCGGACCCAUUGGUGAUAUUGGGCGACAGUGUUUACAAGUCACUCUGCCUUGAGGCAAUGUCCAUUUCUUUAAGAUCAUAUUCUUCUCCACCUGUACUUUUGGAGUGGUCAUUGGUUGACCGGAACACAAGCCACGUGGUCACUGGAAAACGCUUGCAGUUUCCUCGCAAAGUCUCAGGUCUGAUGGGAGCAAGAGCUGGCGGGGGGAGUAUGCACAUUGGAUCAGGUGUGGUUGACAAAUGAGUUGAAUGCCUAUCUACGUGAAGGCAGUAAAAUAUCCCAAAGCAAACCGAGACUUUCAUCUACAUUUGAAGAUUAUAUGGACGGCUGUAAUGAAACACAUUGGAACUUUUAAAUGUUGGCUUGGAAUUAUGAAUGGCUGAAGCAUACGAACUUGAUCAGGCACUGAUUGCCAAGUAGGAAUGCUUGAAUACAGAGCUGUGAAUCAAAUAAUGAUUCAAUCACGGACACAACCUGUGCAUUUGUUCUCUUUAUGAAAUGUGUUCCGUAAAUUUCUAGAACAGCAAGCUAUAAUCACUGAAAUGCAUUUAUAUUCCAUUCAGAUUUCCUGUAAAAGUUAACGUCUGCUUCGAGACACAAUGUGGCCUUUACAGUUUGUCAUUUAGAACUCUGCACAUAUGAAGUCGAAAGCAGCCUGAAGGGGGAAACGAUAUGUGGCCUUGCGGAGUAUUGUUGCUCUUUUCUGUAAUGACAUUAAUAUUUAGAGGCGGAAUAAAAGCUCACAUAUAACUGCAUCCACAGACAGAGACGUCACGUGAAAGCUAUAACCAAGAGCUCCAUGUCUGCGCUGUUGGCAUGUUUUUAGUUUCGAACUAGGGCGCACAGUCAACAUUGUGAAGUGGUCUAUCUUUGCUCAGAGGUGCCUUGGGGGCCAGAACCCUGUGGUGUGAAAGGACGCACAGGGGUCGGGGGUAGAGCGGAAACAUGGAGAAGCGCUGAGCUUCUACUGCAAUGACCGCCCCCAUGGGGCCCCGGCAGAUGUGGAAGUUUCCCACACCGGGAUGAUGUGUCGCUGGGCCCCACAAAGCAGAUGCCGUCUUGCAAGCCAAAUUUUGAUGGGGAGGGCAUUUGUUCGCUGAGGCCGACAAAUAAUUUUGCUUUGUUGUGGAGUAUCAUGCAUAACAUAUCAACAGUCUUCACAUGCAAAUAUGUUUUAAUCAUUGGCCUAUUGCCUUUCCAUUCACAUGUUAUCCAGCAGCAUUUGUUUAAGCAAGCAAACUCUGGACCGAUUCAACAUUAUGGAAGAUGAUCCACAAGGUCGAAACUGGCCUAAAGUUUGCUUGAUUAAACAUUCUGCUGGAUAAAAUUGUCUUAUGUGACCAGGGUUGUGUGUAGGUAAUUUUUGUUGUCGACAGAUUGAACUGUCCGUGCUUUGAAUGAAAACUGUUCCAUAUGCGGUUUUGUGUCUUUCCCAUUUUGCACAUUCUCAGGACCAAUGAUCCUUUGUGUAUUAAUGUACUGUACCUGGUUACUUAUGGGAACAUUUGAUUGCAUACACUGGUAGAGGUUGGUUUUUAAAGGGGAUGUACAUUUUCCUGAUCACAAUUUUUUUAUGCUGUAACAUGAGUGCAAACGUAAUGCAUUAAUUUAGCUGCCAAAUUAUCCAGUGAUAAAUACGUGCCAGAUAUCUAGGCUUUAUUUAGUAUAAAAAAAAUCUGAAUGCGAUGAAAUUUUGUUCAAAGGAGUGGUUCAUUUUGGUAAAAAAAAGUGGCCCACAAUUAUUAUAGUCGCCUUUGAUAAUGAAAACCUUGUAAAAAAAACCUGUAUAAAUCCUCGAAUCCAUUACCCAUGGGAGCUGUAGGGAUAUGAGAACAAGUAUCCAUGCUCUUAUUCUCCCCAUUCAUUUUUUUCCACAGCCUUAGCCUUUCCCAUCUUGCAUUGUGAAAUGGAUUCCUGUUCUAAGCAAUUUUUAUUAUUGCUGUUAAUUGGAGUCAUGUAGCUAUUACCCACGGAAUAGCUGUCGGGAUUGCCCUUACAUUUUUCUGUGGCAUAACUCCAAUUAUCUGCAAGAUUUUUCACGGAUAAGAGUUCAUCAGGAAAUUCAUGCUAUCUGCGAUUAUACAUUAUUACAUUCUCCCUGUGGAUAAGUGUGGUAAACCCUCCACAGUUAAGUGGAGUCCUGUUGUAACUGAUGUCUCAAACACGGUGCAUCUUUGAUUCGCAGCACUGUAGUGAACUUGUCAUUUUUGACUCAUAUUGAGUCACUUUCACCUGAACGAGGCACAAUUCCAGCAUGACACGAAAGUAUCUAUGCCACAUUUUAAUGAAAUAUAUAUUUUAUAAUGGUCUUUUCAUUAACCCACCUGCCCAACAAGUUGUAUAACUCAUUCUAGCUUUUAAAAUAUACAUUUUACAUGGCUGUAUAUAUUUUAUGUCACGUAAGUGAAGCAGUCACCUCAAUAAAUUCCAUCUGUGAACUAGCUAAUUGUAAUUAGCCUUUUAACACAUGUGCAGUUAUUUAAGCUCUCGUGUAAAUACUGUCGUGUAAAUAUGCACAGAAUUCAUUGUUACAUGGGCUAUUGAGCGUAAAAAUGGCAUUUGCUCGGUGUUCAUUUAUAGCUAAAUAUAUCAGCCUUAACUGCGCUAAUAUGGUUGGGCACGUCACAUGUCUAAUAAGCCAGUCUGAAAUAAAGCACACUGACCUAAUACUGCAAUGCAUCGAUCGGUGAGCAAUUUUCACAAAAUUGGUUGUCAAUCUACUUACAAGAAAUAGUGCCCGUGCAUAUAUAGCCAAUAUGCAGAUAAAUAGUUGCCUUUGAUGGAAUAGGUAAUUGUAUCACUCCAGGGAGGUAAUACAAAAUACAAAUAAAUCAGUUUUAAUAAUUAAAUACUAUGUUUGCAUGUUAAUUAUCUUAAACCUGUAGUUUACAGUGUCUAGAAUUGACACUGAUUGAAGUGUCAAUUGGAUCAUAAUUACGUAGUUACAGAACUCUUAACCGUGACAAUAUUACCACCGACUCCUAUUGUUUCUGAAACACCUAUUAUCCGUGGACCUAUUCUUGCUAUUAUCCCAAAAAAUCCCACGGAUUAGUGGGUUAAAAUUGCACCUAACUGUGCGGAUAAUAGGAUCCAUGAUGAUAUUGGCUCCCCACAUCGCCACGUAUAAGAGGAGCUCUGUAUCAUUGUAAGCAUCAACACUUUAAAAUUGCACACGCGUUUGGUUGUUGGUCUUGUGAAUGCAUUGGGGCACAGAAGAACAAUAAAACAAUGUUUGUUCUUCACAAGGAUUCGAUUACAAUCUGACGACUGAAUUCAUCAACUUGUCUAUGUAUUACACAUCUGAUUGCAUUUGUAUCUGUACAAUACUGUAUGUAUAGAAUGUUCAAGGUGGCGGUCAAACAGGUUUGUAUCGUACAUGUUAAAAUUAUUUUUUAUAAAGAUGUAAGGAGUUGUAUUUUGUCCAGCAGUACUGUAAAUUGUUGGGUUGUGGUUUUGUAAUUUUAGAGCUUUUUCCUAAAUAAAUAUUGUGGUUUCAAGA